CCGUCCUCUAGCCGUGCCGUGCCGUGCCGUGCCGUGCCGCGCCGCGAGCUCCGGCCGCGGGAAGGUGUGUCUGUCUAUGUGUGCCCACUAUUCCUUUGGAAAUGUCCAAUGUUUCUAAUUACGCCCUUCGAAUGGCCCGGCUGAGUUCUCAGAUAUUUGGAGAAGUUGUCAGGCCAACUGACUCAAAAUCUAUGAAAGUAGUGAAGUUAUUCAGUGAGCAGCCUUUGGCCAAGCGGAAGGAGGUCUACAGCUGGUACCCUCCUCACAACACCUACUAUGCCCUCAUGAAGAAACUCCGUUACUUUGGUCUCUACAGGGAUGAGCAUCAAGACUUUAAGGAGGAGAUGAGGCGAUUGAAAAAGCUCCGUGGGAAGGAAAAACCGAAGAAGGGAGAAGGAAAGAGAGCUCUCAAGAAGAAAUAGUACUACUUGGACAGUAGAAUGAACUACUCUGGAAAAGCUGGGGAACAGCUGUAACCCAGGGUUUCUGUUCCCAGCUAGAGAGGACUUGGCACAUGAGCUGCAUGUGGAGCACAAGAAACACACUGUGAAUACUGGAGUCCACCUUGGGAGCGCACUCGGGUGUUUGGCCUUAUUGUCUUGGAUUUUUUGUCGUAGCAUGUUUGUCAGAGCCCUCUCUUAUCCAAGCAGUAAAAACAAUAGUAAAAGAAAAAAAAGUGCUCAUUGGUUUUUUUUGCAAACACCUGUAGCUGUUUCAGUUCUUCUGGAUCUGGAAAAUUGUUUGCUCUUCAUUGUCUGUUUUACUUUCCUGGAUUAAUAUCAAUGCUGUUUUGCUUGUGGCCACGGUAAAAAGGUUUCCUGCUUCUACUGCUGCUUGUCAUCCUGUGUAUUGUAGUGAGUUUAACUUCAGGUAGCUUUAGUGUUGGGGUUUUUUAAAGUUAGAACCCAUUGUUCUGCAUUUUGCACUGGACAAUACUUCAUGGUCCAUUGUGUCCCCACAACAGUCUCAUUGUACCCUGAAUAUUUAGAUACUGCAACAGAAGAGGCUGAAAUAUGAAGGCUCAAAUUGUUUUCCAGGUUGAGACCCCCUACUAAUUAAAAUACAGUAUUUAAAUGUACUGUAAUAAAAGGAUUGUGAAUUUA